AUGUCUAAUGAUGGAGAUCAAAUUUAUAUUGAUUAUGCACAAGGAAGACCGUAUAUGGAAUGCGAAAAUUUAACCCAAUCAACAUGCUCUAUCGAGUUAACAAAAUCUGUUUCAUUUCAUGGUAUCAAUGGAAAAGCUAAAAUUCAAUGUAGGAAAUGUUUCAAAAUGUUUAACAUAACGAGCUCAAGUUUUAAAAUAACGCGAAUCAAAUUCCUGAAUUUGGUUAUAUCAAAUUCAAAUAUCGUUGCCGAACUUGAUGUAGGGGCCAAGGCGGAAUUAGUAUUCCAAAAUAUGUUGAUCAGGGAUAACUCUUAUGCUAUAUACAGCAAGAAUUCGAUUGAUUGUUCGAUUAAGAUAUUUAAUUCAAGUUUUGAACAUCAUUUCAGCCCGACAUGGGGAAUUUAUCUGCGAUGUGUCAACCUCACUGUACAUAUAAACUCUGCUUCCUUUAUAUUAACUCCUGUGCUCUUCACAAACAUUGCCAAUAAACCAACACGGUGGAAAAAAACAGAGAUCAUAAUACAAAAUACGAUAUUUAAUGGUAAAAAGAUUCAAAAAUGUGCUUCAAUGUUCACGAUAAGGCCGUUUGCAGCUAUAUUUAAUGUCACAAUAAGUGACUCCGAGUUUAAAAAUCAUUUUGCAAACUGCAGUUCCGGACAAGAGGAUCGGCUUUCUACAGUGCUAAUAUAUGACUAUACCUCAGAUGUCCGCAAUAUAACAUUCAUACAUUUUAGCAAUCUGAAAUUCGAAAAUAACUACAAUAACAUGGCUGCACUAUCACUGACUACUUCUUAUCGAGAUCACACUCAACUACAUGUUAUGAUAAGAGAGAGCAUUUUCAGGAACAAUUCAAAUGCACUUCGAGUUUCUUGUCGCAGUUUUGAUAAAAUUUCCCCAGCGAAGGGGCCCACAAUAAUUCUUGAGAACAACACGUUCGUUGAAAACUUUUGUGAAAUGCGGACAAUUAGUGGUGCAGCAGCAAUUAAAUUCCACAAUGUUAAAAGCCGAGUAUUGUCAUGUCGUUUCCUUGACAACAGGCCUGGUCAAAAUCCCUACACUGGUGUAGUCACAAUUGCUGACUUGGCAAGAGUUACAUUUUUUAAUUCUUAUUUUGAAAACCGCCAGACGGCAGAACAAGCUAAUCAACUGUUUGCAUCAGGAAACGAUCCCGUUUACUUUAAAGGCGAAAAUACGUUUAAUUUAGUCGCAUUAAAAGAGAGCCGGCAGACUGUAUUCACUCGUGUACCACGCAUUUUUGACACUAAAGCUAUUAUGAAGAACGAUUUUAAGAUCUUAUGUCCACAAGGCUACAAAGUAAAUUCGCAGCGAGAGUGUGUAAACAUAAAGAAUGCAUACAUGUGUUUCUAUAUCAAUGUCCAAUGUGAACAGUGUCCAACGAAAACGUACACAAUCGAAAGAGGCAAAUUCAUUUUCAAUAAAAGCAAUGACAUCCAAUGUCUGCAAUGUCCUCGAGGAGGGGACUGUGGUAAUGGACUGGUCACGGCCAAACCAAACUUUUGGGGUUACAGAACAAAUAUGAAAAUCAUCUUUGUCCAAUGUCCCCCAGGAUACUGCUGCGACUCCGAGGAUUGCGUCAUUUAUGAUGGUUGCCAUGGAAACAGAUUUGGUACACUCUGUGGUCAAUGUCCAGAAGGAAUGUCGGAAAGUUUGUUUUCCACACAAUGUAUAUCAAACACAGAAUGCUCCUUAAAUUAUUUCUUUAUAAUUGGCGCAAUUGCAAUGCUUGUUCUAUAUCUGGUCUUCUUUCUUUACCAUAAAGAAAUUGUGAGCAUUCUUCGAACAAGUUUAUUUAGUAAGCGCUUGUCGUUCUCAAUAAACAACAGAAACGAGCAAAGAAACAAUGUUAGCACCGGUGGUAAUACCUCUUCACCAAGUGGGAUGAUUAAGAUAUUCUUCUAUUACUAUCAAGUUUGUAAUUUGCUACGGAGCUCUGUAGGUUCUUUUAAAAAGGGUCAAUUCAUUCAUAAUUUUGAGAAUGUUAUUUCAAGGGUAAUGAAUAUGGUUCUAGUUAAUCUUCCAUCUUUUAAAUGUCCUCUGAAAGAUCUUCAUGCUGUUCCUAAGGCCGUUAUACCACACUCCGUGGGGUAUUGUCUUCUUGCUCUUCUUUACUUGAUAAGCAAGUUGAUACCGAUCUUAAGAAGAUUACAACAUGAUGGUGAUGCACGAACAGCGUUACAACAUGUUACUUCAACAACGUCCGAUAAUAGAAGUAGCGCUUCAAAAUCGUUAUUUUCACAACGAGUUGCUUCGGCCUUCACUUACAUUUCUUUAUUAAUGUACGCUUCUUCAGCUAAACUCUGUCUUUCCCUUCUCCACUGUGUACAAGUUGGUGAUAAUAAAGUUUUAUUUCUUGAUGGUAAUGUAAAAUGUUACCAAACGUUUCAAUAUUUUCUUCUUGCUUACCUGAUUUCUUCCAUACUUCCAUUUUGCCUUGUCCCUGUUUUCGGCUCGUAUCAUUUAAAGUCUGGCCGAAUUGGUGUGAGACAAUUUUGUGUAGCUUGUAUCUUCCCUCUGCCAUUUUGUUGUUUUUGGAUGUAUUUGUUGCUUAAGGACUGUCGUUCUGGAAAUCAGGAAACGUAUAACACAAUAGAAGAGAAUGACAAUGCAGUAAGAUCUGAACAAGAUAAUGACGAAACACAAAGCCUUGGUAGUGAAGAAAUCACCUUUACCUAUUCCACUGAAAGCAAUGAAAACACUUCUACGGGAAGUGAAUCAGCCAUUCUCAGUGUGUUGUUGGGACCAUUUAAACAGCAUCAAGCUUUUAUGUGUUUUCCUUCUUCACAUAUUCCUUGGGAAGGUUUUCUCGUCUUUCGUAGAUUGGUCUUGAUUAUUCUGUUGACUUUCGUCUACGACAUUCAGCUCAGACUUUUUCUAGCUUUAAUAUUGUGUGUUGCCAUUCUAAUCUGCCACACCAUUGCGUAUCCUUUUCAGAGAAAACGCGACAAUGUACUGGAAUCUUUUUCUCUAGGCACACACGUGGUCCUGUGUGGUUCAACUCUAAUAAAAGCUCUUCAUUACGGUGAAGAUUAUUCUUCUUUUUCGAAAAGUUUGCCUGUGUUGAAUGUGAUUGAAAAUAUUCUUAUUGUCGCUCCAUUGUCUAUCAUCAUGAUCGUUGUUAUAUUUUCUCUUGCUAUAAAGUUGGUGUUUGGUUUAAAGCUCUGUGUAUCAGUAUUGAUUCGAAAGGUUAGGAGGCUUGUACGGUUUACUAUGUAAUCACUUCAUAAUUAUAUAUUUUAAACAUUAGUUUAGGAAUUGUAGCUAAAAUAGUGAGUUGAACUAUUGAACGUAGUACCAUAAAUUUAUGUUAGGUCGGACAACAUUAAGAUUAGUAUAACUAUAUAUUGAUGUAGUUGAUAUUAUCAUAGCAAACUUGUAAAUCUUAAA